AAGGGUAAAGGACCAGUGACUGUGUGAGGCUAUUAUUGUGCUGGUUGAAAAAGACUCACUUAUUUUCAUUGUACUACAACAAAGGUCUUGGAAAGUCCAGUAGAAGCCAAGGGAUCUACCUGAUGGAGAGAUGCUGGGUGAUGGAAACAGCCAAUGGCUCCAAAGAUGGCUUGGAUCUCAACCCCAUGAAGGAUUAUAUGAUCCUGAGCAGUGCUCAGAAAAUAGCCGUGGUGGUGCUGUGCACCCUUCUCGGCCUGCUAAGUGCCCUGGAGAACCUGGCUGUGCUCUACCUAAUCUUGUCCUCUCAUCGGCUCCGCAGGAAGCCCUCCUACCUGUACAUAGGGAGCUUGGCUUGGGCUGACUUCCUGGCCAGUGUGAUCUUUGCCUGCAAUUUUGUAAAUUUCCAUGUCUUUCAUGGUGUGGAUUCCAAGGCUGUCUUUCUGCUGAAGAUUGGCAGUGUGACCAUGACCUUCACAGCCUCUGUGGGCAGCCUAUUACUGACCGCCAUUGACCGCUACCUCUGUCUGUGCUACCCAUCCUCAUACAAAGCCCUACUCACACGUGGGAGAGCACUGGUGACCCUGGGCAUCAUGUGGGUCCUCUCAGCAUUGGUCUCCUACCUGCCCCUUAUGGGAUGGACCUGUUGUCCUCGUCCUUGUUCUGAGCUUUUCCCCCUGAUCCCUGAUGACUAUCUGCUGGGCUGGCUUCUAUUCAUUGCCUUCCUCUUCUCUGGCAUCAUCUAUACCUAUGGACAUGUCCUCUGGAAGGCCCAUCAACAUGUAGCCAGCUUGGCAGGGCACCAGGACAGACAGGUGCCAGGGAUGGCCCGGAUGAGACUGGAUGUGAGGUUAACCAAAACCCUGGGGGUGGUGCUGGCUGUGCUCUUUCUGUGCUGGUUCCCAGUACUAGCCCUCAUGGCCUACAGUUUGACCACCACUUUAAGUGACCAGAUCAAGAAGGUCUUUGCCUUCUGCUCCUUGCUGUGCCUUGUCAACUCCAUGGUAAACCCCAUCAUUUAUGCCCUGCGGAGUGGGGAGAUUCGCUCCUCCGCCCACCACUGCCUAGCUCAUUGGAGGAAGCACCUGAGGGGGCUUGGCCCUGAAGGAACAGAAGAGGUUCCAAGGUCCUCCAUCUCUGAGACAGAGGCUGAUGCAAAAAUCACCCACUGGCCAGACUCCAGAGGGCUAUACAGCUCAGAUUGCUGAGAAGUCUUCCACAGUUUAAACCAGACAAAUCAUAAAUUGUUUCACUCUCUAGAGGAGAGAAAGCAGCUAUGACAAUCACAUCUUACUUGAAUGUGUUCCAGAGGCCUACAUGGUCGGCUUUGUGACUAGUGGGUGUUGAGACUGUGCCCUGGAGGGUAGCCUGACCAUGCCUGUCUGCACAUCGCCUGUUGGAUAACUAGACCCUGCAGAGAAGGCAAGAAGAGCAGGAGGCAAAGGACUUGGAACAGGCUCUGUGUUUAUCAGGUCAGGAAAACCUUCCCAGCAAAAUGAUUUAGUGCCUACUUAUUCCAGAGAUCACAGGGACUAGAUGAGCCUUCAGGCUCAACAAUGAGUGAUUCAAAGGAAACCUGAGAAGGAUGAAUUAUUCUCCUGGGACCUCAGGGUACCAGGUGAGAUGACCAGUCCACACUUGUUCCUGCUUAGCUGUUGGGGUCUCCUUUGGUCUGAAGCUAUGACAGGCCUCACCUUCUGGUCAUCUUUCCCCACGAACAACGAAGAACUCUAAUGUCAUGACGAUCAAAGGUAUUGGUUCACCUCUUUCAGAGGUAACUGAUGAGCCUCCCAUUCAGGGUAUCUUGUGAUUGGGACAAUAAUUCUCUCUAACACCCUGACUAUCCCCAUUCACAGCCAUUAUAGCCUGUUAGGUCUCUGAGGACUACAGAAAUGACUGAGCUUGCUUAAGACACAGAAACUUUAGACAAUUUUAUUGACCCUGUGAAGUUAAUAUUUUGUGUAAAUUUAUUUUAUUUUAAUGAGAGAGAUUCAGAGAGAAUGACACAGAGAGAAAGACCAGAACACUGCUCAGUUCUGGUUUAUGGUCAUGCUGGGAAUUGAGCCUGAGACCUCAGAGCCCCAGGCAUGAAAAUCUUUCAUAUAACUAUUAUGUCUCCCCAGUCCAGACCCUGUGAAGUUAUGUUGGAGUCAGGUAGUGCCCUAGUCUAACCCAACUCCAAGAAAGAAAGGGAAAAAAACUAUUCACAAAGAUUUUAUGAAUCCCUAAAUUGCUCCCAGUCAGCCUUCAAUUCAAUUUCUUGUUUCCUUCACACCUCUGUAGCAUAUAAUAAAUAGAGCAAGUGGGAAUGGAGAAAUCCUCUUACUAUGUGCCAGGUACCAAGCAAGCAAGAAUACAAGCCGAGGUUUUUGAAGAUCCUAGAGGACUGGGAUCAGGGAGGCUGGUUCGUACCAGAGGGUCUUAUAACUGUAGACAAGAGAAAUUGUUGGUGUCACAAGGACUGAAGAUGAAUACAAGUGUAAUUAUUUGAGGUCACAAAUGGAAUAAAAGAAAAAUUAAUGAUUAAGCUAGUCUUGAGUUAAUUAUUGCAAGAUGUCCACUAGUCAUUCCCUCAAUUACCCAGCUCACAAGCACAAGUCAGGCUCAGUGUUUGGUCCUGGAGAUCCAGCCAUAAAAUGAGACAUCACCUCUGCUUACUGAGCACACUUCCUAUAUUCUGGUGGGAAGAGUUAAUAAUAAACCUAUGUGUCAACAACUAUACUAUAAACCAUUAACUCCCACCCCAAUAAAGUGGAGAAAGGGAAGAGAGAAAAAAAGAAAGAAAGGAAAAAAGAAAGAAAGAAAGAGAAAGAAAGAAGGAAGGAAGGAAGGAAGGAAGGAAGGAAGGAAGGAAGGAAGGAAGGAAGGAAGGAAGGAAAACUACUUGAGAAAGAUGGGUGGUGGUGCACCUGGUUGAGCACACAUAUUACAGUGUGCAAUGACUCGGGCUCAAGUCCCUGGUCCCCACCUGCAGGGGGAAAGCUUUGCGAGUGGUGAAGUAGUGCUGCAGGUGUCUCUCAGUCUCUCUCCCUCUCUAUCACCCCUUUCCCUCUCAAUUUCUGGCUGUCUAUAUCCAAUAAAUAAAGAUAAUAAAAAAA